AUGAAAAAUCAAAGUAAGUCAACAUUUAUAUUUUUACUGGUUCUCUUCAUUCUAAGCGUUCAUAUAAGAACCCACUAAGAGAUUUCCUGCUCUCAUGAUUAAGAUGAGACUAUAUAAGAGAAUUAUAGAUUAAUUAAUGAAUACUUCUAAAAAAACCCAAUCAAGAAUUCUAAAGACAACUAAAAUAGAAACUUAAGUUCUUAGAAAACUCAGCAAAUCAGAAUUACUACAGAUUAUACUCGAUUGUCACAAUAGCCAGAAGGUCCAGCUAUAUCUCAGGCUGAAAAGGAUUAUUUGAUAUCUUUGUCAAAUACAGCUAUUACAUUUUUUUCUAAUUUUAUCAAAGUCUAACCCAAUACUAAAAAUAGUAUUUUCAAUCCUAGAUAAACUAAUGGAACUUGUCUUGCUGUUGUACCUUCAGAAAAUGAUAAAACCAUAGGUAUUGCUGAUUCAGACCUACAUUUAUAUUUCUCAUAUUUUAGUGACUCAAAAUCUUCAGAAUUAGCUAAUGCUGGGUUUUGUAAUAUGUAAUAAACUUAUACUUAUAUAAGACCAAACUUUGGAAGAGUAUAGUUUAACAUAGCUAAUAUUAAAAAUGUAGGGAACAAAUUUAAAUCUUUCUAAAAUAACCUAAAGACUGUUAUACAUGAAAUGAUUCAUGUGCUUGGCUUUACUUUUGGUGCAAUUGAGCUAUGGAGCAAUAGAGAAGCCUAUGGUUUGUUAGGAGAAGAAGGAGCUAAUAAAAUUCUCACUACUUUAAAUCUUAGAGGUAUUGAUACUUAUCUUUUAGGAUCUUCAAAUGUAUUAGAUACUGCCAAAAAAUAUUAUAACUGCUCUGAAUUAGUGGGAUAACAAUUAGAAAAUUAGGGUGAAUCUGGCUCCAAAAAUUAUCAUUGGGAAAGAACGAUUAUCAGAAACGAGCUUAUGACAGCUUCUGCAAUGCUUGAUAAUACGAAAUUAAGUGUAUUUACUGUAGCAUUGCUGAAAGACACUGGAUAUUGGGAUGAGGUUAAUGAAAAUUUGUCUGAACCCAUUUACUGGGGAAAAGAUAAAGGUUGCGAUUUCUUCUCAAAUGCUUGUUAAAGCACUACCUAGAGAUAUGAAGAAUAUCCUGCAGAUAAUAUUUAGGCUUGUUCCUUUGAUUAUGACGCACAAGGAUAUAGCACAAAAGAGGAUACGUACGGAGAUGAUUGUAAUUUAAUUUAAAGCUACAGGAAUCGUUUAUGUGAUAAUAUUGAUAAUUAAAGUCCAUCAAUUGAAGUAGGAUAAUAUAACAUAGAUGUAUUAAAUGAUUACUCAAAUAAUUCAAAAUGUUUCAUUUCAAAUUUAAAGCAUCCAAACCCACAAUAUGAUUAUGAAGAAAAUAAUCUAAGAUGUCAUUAAUAUUAAUGCUCUUCUGAUAAAACUGAGAUAAUUAUAACCUUCUCAUUACUUCCUGGAGUUUAGUUAGUCUGUGGAAUCAAUGACCAAGGUGUUUAAAAGGAUGUAGUGUUUUCUGGUUUUAAUCUAGGUUAAUUAACUUGCCCAACUAAUAUCAUGAAAUUAUGUGAUAAUUAAAACUGUGUAAACUUUUGUAGUAGUAAUGGUAUUUGCGUCAAGGGAUCAUGUUUAUGUAAUUCUGGUUACGGUGGUAUUGACUGUAAUACAAAAUGCAACGGUUUUAUAGAUCUAGGCGGUUCAUGUGUUAUUAAAUGUCCAGAUAACACAUUUGCAAAUCCUGAUAAUGUUUGUAGGCCAAAAUGUCCUAACGGAUAUUAUGCUUAGAAAAGUGGUAAUUUAUGUAAACUUUGUGAUUUCUCUUGCUCUUAAUGUAUUGGUCCUAAUAGUGACUAGUGCUUAGCUUGCUAAUUUUUAACUUAUCUAGAUUCUAAUACAUGUGUUUAAAAAUGCCCUAUUGGAAAGUUUGCAGAUAAUCACUCUAAAUCUUGUUAGAGUUGCCCUACUGGAUGCAUUGAUUGUACUAGCUUGUCUAGUUGUAAUGUUUGUAGCGACGGAUAUGAAAAAUCUGGAGAAACUUGUAUUGAGUCAUUAUGUACUAGUCCAUGUAAGACUUGUAGUUCUAAUCCAACAUUUUGCCUAUCUUGUUAUAGUGGACUCUACCUUUCACCCCAAAAUACUUGUGUUUCUUCUUGCCCAGAAGGCUAUUUUAAAAAUAGUUUAAAUAUGACUUGCACUAAGUGCCCAAUAGGAUGUAAAAAUUGUUCAGAUGCUAAAAAUUGCACUUAAUGUGAUAAAUUAAAUGGGUAUAGAUAACAAGGAACUGACUGUACCCUUUGCAUCUCUCCUUGUGCAACUUGCUCAUAAGAAAACCCUAACUCUUGCUAUUCAUGCGAAAAUAAUAUGUUUAUUUAAAAUAACUAGUGCGUUUUAGCUUGCUCAAAAGGUUUUUAUUUAGGAAAAAAUAAUGUUUGUCAUCAAUGUUUAGAUGGCUGUGAAUCUUGUAGUGAUAGUAAUUCAUGUAUAUCUUGCAAUAAAGAUUAUUAACUCUUCUCUGAUAAAAAUGUAUAAAUUUGUAUUAAUUCAACAUCAUGCUUUUCUCCUUGCUCUACUUGUAGCAGUACAUUUUAACCUACAACAUGCAAAACAUGUGAAAGCAAUUACUAUUUGCAAGGUUAAAAAUGUGUAACUUAAUGUGAUUUAGGCUAUUUUAAAAUGUAAUCUAAUUCUACUUGUGUCUAAUGCCCUCUUAACUGUAAAAAAUGUUCUAGCUUGAAUAACUGUGAGACUUGCUAUGAUAAAUAUGAAAUUAAGUAAAAUGAUAGCACUUAAAUAUGUACUUAAAUACAAAUAAAAACAUCUGGCUAAUUAUUGUAAUUAAGUAUUAUGGUUUUACUCUUAACAUUAUUUUUUUGA